CAUGUCAAGCGUUGCCAGCCAUCUGGUGGAGGCACGUCCAUUGCUGAUUAGCACAAGUUUGAAACUUUGAACUUUUGUUGCGGAAGUGAGAGCGUGGUCCAACCGCUGCUUAGUAUAUCCCAUCCGAUUUUUAACUUUCACGAAACGGUAAGAAUCAUGUGAGGGACUGCCAACUGGCGAGAUGGCUCGGUUCGUCUCUACUGAAACCCUCCUCGAUGGAAGAUCCGAGUGUUUUAAGUUCAAUUCGUGCGUAUGUACAAGAAGCACAUCUGGGGUACGCUGGCGUGGAUUCCACCUAACUCUCACAUCGUACCUAGUAGAAGACAGUGACGUAGAUGCUACGGAAGUCUCCGUAUGCGUAACCGAUUCAUGCAUUCUAUGCACAGUGGUGUAUUCCGGACUGAGGACGGCGAAUUGCGCCUGGGCCUUGACUACCGUCGACUUGACGCUGGUCGUACACUGGCAAGUUGAGGCCGAGUCGACUGACCGCAAAAGGCAGUCUUUAUAUUUCCUCAAGGACUCUUUGAAUUUGAGACCACGCCUUUCGAAUUGUACAACCCUGCUUCUACGGCCUCAUGCAGGGACGCUUGAUAGCCAGAUUUGUACAACGCAUGCUAGAAUGGCCUCUAAAGUGAGCAAAUCAAAUGUUCCGUUCCAGUCUUCAAGGGUAUUGCUUACGCCUGCAAAUAUCCUCAAACAGACGCUUGUCGCAGACACCACUCGAUGGCUAGCUGCACUACAGCGUGUCAUAAAUCUGUUAAGGUCUUUAUACUUCCGGGUCCUUUAGUAUGCACACUCAUCGUCCAGCACACCAACGCUCCUCCGUUCUAGUUAAAUCGCCUUUCGCCUUUUCGGAUGCGAUUCUGGUGGUUUUCGCCCCAUUCUGUCGCUUCGCGUAACUUAAGGUUUUGUUUCCAUUUAAGUUAUUUAGUACGUUAUUACAGGCGCGGAAAGAAGGUGAAUGAUCGUCAUGAAGUGUAUUGAUUUGAAUAAAUGUGCUUUUUCCCUCUGAAUAGUGUGCUGUUUGACUGAGGGUCGUAUCUGCCAUCUCUUGUUAAUGGAAAAGUCCUUGCGUACGUAUGACAAGCUGAGAGGCCACAACGAUUUGCUGUGAAUCACUACGCCAAGUAACAAGUAAAUAAAAAAACUCAGUAGGACUGACAUGUAUGGCCCCUAAACAAGACAGAAAUAGGUACGCCCUACGCAAAUACUAAAGAUGGACCUUUACAUACUUCUGGAAAGGACGAAAUAUUCUCGUAUCCUAACCCAAACAAUAACCCCAGUGUUGCCCCACUCUUAACCCUAGCCCUACCCUAAACCAUAGCUCAACAGUUAACACUAGCCCCCUACCUUUGCCCUCAACUUAAUUCUGGAUUACCUUACCGUUAACUGUAAACCUAGCCUUAAGCCUAAUCCCUAAUCUUAAACCUAAGCCUACUUUCAUUGGGAGUUGGCUCAAAGCUACCUGUACUGCAGCCGGCUCCUGUUCUCAUGUCCGGUCUCUGCUUGUGAAUGAAUUUCCCGGCCUUGCGCAACACCACAGUAUUUCCAUCACUGGGCGAUCGUCCAGCCUUGUCCCCGUUGUCUCCCCGUCAUCCCAUUUGGUGCCGGAGGGGAGCGAGCCGAGAGGAGAUGGUGUCUGACGCAGUGGCAGAAGGUCGCCGUCCCUCCCUUGACGGCGUCCCCCGCCUCUUGCCCAGCGACAGGCGUCUCCUUACUUCUGUGUUACCACCCCACUGGCGGCUGGUUGCACGCGAUCAGUUUCCCCCUUGCCGCCUGACACUAAUGAAGUCUCCCCUUCCCCUCCCUUGCAGGUCGUUUGGCUGCCCUCUGGCCGUUCAUCGGUAUCCUGGCCGAACUCAUCAUCCUCUUAGUGACUAUCAUAAUUUACGAACGGCACAAGGCGGCGAAAAAUAAAAAGGCCGCCGAAGACUUCCCACUGCUGGCCAGUCAGGUUAACGCUGGCGGAGACACCAAGACCUCACCCUCCCACAGGUGA